ACAGGUAGGCGUGGGCAGGAGAUCCGGAAUCUUCCAGUGGCUCAUAUGGGUCAAAUGAUCCAUUAGGGUCAGGGUGGAUUGUGUGAGGGUGGACGAGAGGCCAGAGCCUAGAGGGUCGGUCCAGACUCGAGAGAGAACACCGCAAGCCAGAACAGAGAACAGAGAUCUCUCUUUUUUUUCUCAGUUCUCUGUUCUACCAUUGAAGCUGUUAGGGUCGAAAGCUAUUAGGGCUUGGAAUCUGUUCCACCAUUGAAGAUUAAGUCAUAAAUCUCUUCUCUCAGUUCUCUGUUCCACCGGUCACUAUAUCGAGGGCAGGGUUGAAGGCUCUUAGGGUUUCAACGCCGCUGUUUCGCCAUUGAAGUUGUUAGGCUCGAAGUUUUUUCUUAGUUCUCUCUGUUCCGCCAUUGAAGCAAGUUUAUUCUCUUAACUUUAAUGCAUCUGUUUCUCGCCGUGCCACUGUUUUCAUCGCCGCUGUUUCUCAGAGUUCUCAAGUCGGGUAUAGAUCGGAGCUUUGGAUAGUUUGAUUUUGACACAAGUCCUAUUUCAGCCUUUUUCUGGUUACAAAAAAGUGGGGCAACGUUAGGCAGGCACCACCAAAUUAUCUCUGACCUUUUGUUAGUAGUGGCUCUCCCAUGGCCAGGAUGCCAUCAUCUCUUUCAGGGGUAUCAAAUUGCUAUGUAUUUAAGAGCCGGUUACAAGAAUAUGCACAGAAGGCAGGAAUUCCUACUCCUGUAUAUGAGACUACAAAGGAAGGUCCUUCCCAUGAGCCCAGUUUUAGGUCUACAGUGAUUGUAGACAAUGUCAGAUAUGAUUCUUUACCUGGAUUUUUCAAUCGGAAGGCAGCUGAGCAGUCAGCUGCUGAAAUUGCUCUUAUGGAGUUGGCAAAGUCAGGACACAUGAAAGAAUGCAUCGCACAUCCAGUGCAUGAGACAGGUUUGUGCAAAAAUUUACUCCAGGAAUAUGCGCAAAAGAUGAACUAUGCAAUCCCAUCAUAUAUCUGUCACAAGGAUGACACACCAGGCAAAAUGCCAUUCUCUUGUACUGUUGAGAUCGGAGGGAUUCAAUACAUUGGAGCAGCAGCUAAAACCAAAAAGGAAGCAGAAAUCAAAGCUGCAAGAACCGCUCUUCUUGCAAUCCAGGCUGCAGGUGGAACUGAUGUCCAAUCCAAUGGCAACUCUCAGUACACAGUUGUCCCAUGCAAAAAGAAAGGGACUGAGUUGGAUGCUGCAAAAGAUGAAGCUGCAAAGGCUCUAAAACCAAAGAAGGUUCGUUUCAAAAAGAAAUGGCCGAAAAAGAGAUUCCCGAGAAACAAGAGUGAUCAGAAAACUGAACAGGCAGUUGAGAAUGCAGCUGAAGUCCAAGUAACUACCAUAAUGUCAGAUAUCAACAAGGAUGGCCAAGAUCUACAACAUUCGGGAUCAACACUAAACCAAAACAAUGCAUUCAGGCUUCAAGUUGAAGAUCUCAAAAUAUUGGCAGUGAAAGUCAAUGAGAAGCUACAAAACGGGAUAGAUCAAAAAAAUGAGCUCAAGGUAGAUGGUAUAACUGAAGUCCAAGUAGAUAUUGUAAUGUCAGAUGUGAACAAAGAUUGUCAUGAUGUGAAACAUUUGGGAGGAACACUAAACCAAAAUGAUGCACCUAUGGUUCUAGUUGAAGACCAUGAAAAGUUGGCUGAGGACUUGUAUUCUAACCAAAAUGAAGAGUAUGUUCCUGAAGUUAAAGUAGGUAGCAUAAUGUCAGAUGUGAAUAAUGAUGAUCAAGAUUUGCAACAUUCUGGAUUAACAGUCAACAAAAUUGAUGCACCUAACCAAGAUACAGGGCAUGGGGACUUGCAUUCUAACCAAGAUGAGCAAGUGUCUGUACUGCAAUGUGUAUCUGGAGUCCAAGUUGGAGAAAUAAAAGUGCCGGUUGCAGUUGAUACAGAGAUGAAAGAGGACUUGUAUUUUCAUCAAGAUGCAGGGCAUGGGGACUUGCAUUCUAACCAAGAUGAGCAAGUGUCUGUAAUGCAAUGUGUAUCUGAAGCCCAAGUUGGAGAAAUAAAAGUGCCGUUUGCAGUUGAUACAGAGAUGAAAGAAGACUUGUAUUUUCUUCAAGAUGCAGGGCAUGGGGACUUGCAUUCUAACCAAGAUGAGCAAGUGUCUGUACUGCAAUGUGAAUCUGAAGUCCAAGUUGGGGAAAUAAAGGUUCCGGUUGCAGUUGAUACGGAGGUGAAAGAGGACUUGUAUUUUCACCAAAAUGAAGAGCAUGUGCCUGAAGUCCAAGUAGGCAUGAUAAAGUUGGAUGUGAACAAUGAUGAUCAAAAUAUGCAACAUUUGGGAUUAGUAUUCAACCAAAAUGAUGCACCUGGGUUUCAAGUUGAAGACCCUGAAAUGUUGAAAAUUGAAGUGAAUAAAAAUCUCCGAGAUGCAGUGCAUGGGGACAUUUGUUCUAACCACAAUGAGCAAGAAGCUUCUGUAGUGCAAAGUGAAUGUGAAGUCCAAGUUGGAGAAACAAAAAUGCCGGUUGCAGAUACUGAAGUGAGCAAGAACUUGUAUUCUAAUCAAAAUGAGCAAGAUAUUUCUGUUGUGCAAGGUGAAGCUGAAGUCCAGGCUGGAGAAAAAGAAAUGGUGGUUGCAGAUACAACUGGCAAUUCUCAAGAGGGUCAGACAGUGGAUCUGAAUUUGUGCCAAAAUGAGCAAGGAAAUUCUGAUGUUAGAAUUUCCUUGGAGGAUCAUUUAGUUUCAAAUGGAGCAAAAGUAGUCCAGUGUGAGCACAAAGAGUAGAAUUAGAGGUUCAGUCCUCUCAAUUCAGAUGCACAUCAGCUGAGAUGGAAUUUUCACUGUACUGGAAGAGAAGGCUGAUUUGGCCACGGCAUAGAUAAUUAGAUUAUCCAUUUAAAAGGUUGGUGUCACAUGGGGUUCUCCAGAUAGCCUCAAACUACUAAUGGAGUAAUGGUGCAGCAAAGCAGUAUUUAUAUCCAGAAUCUUCAUAUGUUUUCAUUCCAAAAGGAGUAGUCCACUGAACACAGCGUGGACCUAGUGGUGGAUAGUUCUUUUUUUUUCUUUAAUUGCAAAUCAUACACCUCACUAACCCAUGUCCUAUGUGUCUUUAAGGUGCAAUGAUAUUGUUGAUGAAUAAUGUUAAAUCUAAUCCUCUUCUUCUACUGGCCGUCCAUCUACUGAGGCUUUUCCUUGGGUAUAAUUUUGGGACUCAAAAUUGGAAUUUGAAUUUGUAUUGGUCAAGAUACGGGGGCACCAUAUAUACUGAUGAAUGUGGGCCCUCAGGAUACUAGUGUAAAGUCUUCCAGUCUAUAAAUUCCAUUUAUAAUC